UCGGAGGCAGCAGCCGAACAUCAUCAUCAUCAUCAUCAUCGUUACUACUGCACCGGUACUCUUCUCACCGGACUUUCACCGGAGCUGGGCGCCGUUUCUCCGCACUGAAGUGCCUUAACAGCGGAGGGGAAGAUGGGACACGGAGACCUGAUGAGCCAGGCGGAGGACGUAGCGGACCAGUUCCUCCGGGUCACCAAGCACUACCUCCCCCAUGUGGCCCGGCUGUGUCUUGUCAGCACUUUCCUGGAGGACGGGGUCAGGAUGUGGUUUCAGUGGGCGGAGCAGAGCGAGUACAUUGACUCCACCUGGAGCUGUGGACGCUUCCUCGCCAACAUCUUCGUCCUGCUCAACCUGCUGGGACAGCUGGGAGGCUGUGUGCUGAUCCUCAGCAGAAACUUUGUUCAGAACGCCUGCUUCGCUCUGUUUGGGGUCAUCGCCCUGCAGACGGUGGCCUACAGCAUCCUGUGGGACCUCAAGUUCUUAAUGAGGAACCUGUCUUUGGGGGGGGGUCUCCUCCUCCUCCUGGCCGAGUGCAGGGGGGAGGCUCGCAGCGUGUUUGCAGGAGUCCCCUCCCUCGGUAAUCAGAGUUCUCCAAAGCACCUCCUGCAGCUGGGGGGGCGAGUCCUCCUGGUCCUUAUGUUCAUGACGCUGCUGCACUUUGACCUCAGCCUGUUCAGUAUCCUGCAGAACCUGGUGGGCACGGCGCUGAUGGUCCUGGUGGCGGUGGGCUUUAAGACCAAGCUGGCGGCUCUGACUCUGGUGGCCUGGCUGCUCUGCAUCAACUUCACCUUCAACGCCUUCUGGAGCGUCCCCUCCUACAAACCCAUGCACGACUUCCUCAAGUACGACUUCUUCCAGACCACGUCGGUGAUCGGGGGCCUGCUGCUGGUGGUGGCCCUGGGGCCCGGGGGGGUCUCUAUGGAUGAGAAGAAGAAGGAGUGGUGAGGGGGGGAGGAGGGUGGGGGGAGACAGGUCAGUGUGUCGUCAUUAUUCUCUCACUCCAUCAUCCUGGAAAAUCAAAACUUUUCAUUUCUCUGUUUUUAAUAAGAAAAGUUUUAAAUGAAUAGACGACUGAAGCGGACGUCAUCAGCUGUUCUCUCUCUGUCUCUCUGUGUCUGUCUUUGUCUCUCUCUCUCUGUCUCUCUCUCUCUCUGUCUCUCUUUU